GCCAUAGUCUAUGUAAACCGACUGACCUUACACGUAGGAACCCCUCCUCUCUCUCGCUACUCUCUCGCAAUAUCACCUGUGUUUGGGUUCUCCUGUGUAAACACGAGAACAGAGAACACGAUUUUAUCCGCACUUGCUGUGAAUACAACAUAAAAGCCCACUUCUAGUAUGUGGACUGACUGGUUAGUUGGAUCAGCAUCACCAAGAAGAAGGCAACCGCUUCACAAACAACCUGAUGACGUCACAGACACAGUUAUUCCACCGUGUCGAGGUGAGACCCAGAAAAUGGUGAUACAUGUCACAAUCACUCUCCCAGGUUAAAGGAGAACAAAGCGGAGAGCGGCAGACACUCCAAUGCACCAGUAUGUGGCGCCGGUAAAAAGUGCAGGCCCCUGUGGCGCUGCUCUAGUGUAGAGAUCUAAACCAGGAUAAAAAAAAGAGGACCCUACGAUAAGAACUGAGCUAUUUCGUGACCCCAAUAUUCAGCCAAAAUGAUAUCGAGCUUUUUUGUCGAUAUCUGUCAAUAGGACAGGCAGCCAAUACCAGUACUCACCGAUAAAUGAAUGCAGUCUUAUAUAAAUGAACUCGUAUAUUCUGUAAGCAGCUUGGCAACACUGCACCACCCAGUUCACUGAGGUGGCGUUAUAACAGCAUCCUUAUAGUGAGAGGUCUAUGUGGGCUGACAUAUAAUUUAACAGCCUGUACCGACAUUACAGUCAACAAUUAGGAGCUGAUAACAACAGCUACCUUAAAUUCAGACACGGCUCUCCGGAUCACCCUGUCCAGUUCCUCUGAUGACACUCUGACGAAGGUGAAAUCGAUGAAGUCGCAAUCGAUGUCCAAGGUCCCAACGGUGCCGAUGGAGUAGGUACCCUCCUUCUUGUAGUGAAACUUGCCCGUGCUUCGGUGUAGCAAAAUGGUGUGUAGCAGAGCCAGCAUCGAUUCCUCAACCUGCCGAGCCUCCACUGUCACCUCCAGCACUUCAGAGCGACAAUUCAUGGCGAACUACUAAUAGUAAUAAUAAUUUACAUUUACAAGCGCGACACGAGCGAGGGCAAGAUGGCCACCUAAGGCCAGCCGUCACGUUAGUUGACGAUCUGUCGUUUGUUUACCUCUGCGAAGGUGGGACCUCACACCCCGCGUUACGAAGCAUUAAAAUGAACAAAGUCGAUCAAGAGCACAAAGGCGAUUUUGCUUUCCUGUGUAAACUGUACGGGAUGAGUCCAGAGGCAUUGUUUUACACGCAAGCAAGCUCAGUUUUUGUUUUACAGAGGACAGGAAAGUGUAGUCGCGCUGACAAGGAACAAUCUACGGCAAGCCUCUGAGGUCAAAAUACCUUUCACGAGCGUUGUACCCAUAGACUGAAUGGUUGUACAAUGUCUUUUUUGGUAAGUUUGCCCCUGAAUAAUACAACUCCUUCGCAUUAACCGCAACCCUAAUUGUAGGAUUAAUAAAACCAGUGCAGGUACGCUGAAGUAUUUAUUUUAAUCACCUUGGAUUACUGUGGGAACAACUGUUGUAAAUAUGCCAUCUCAUAAAACAAUGACAAAAUACCCCCGGAAAAAAAAGAGUUUGUACGGUGAAAAUCAAAAGUAAUCGGCAAGUAUGAAUAACAUCAAAAUUAACCAUCCAAAAAGAUUGAGGGAUAUACACAAUAACAAUAAUAAAUCAGCCUACGGAGCCCUGACGCUGUGUUGAGGGGCUUCUCGUUUGCUCGGAUUUUCAACAUUUGAAAGUUACUCUCCUCUUUGCUGUUAUUGUAGGUUUAAUAAGUUAGAGAUGCCCGUGUAUGUGACCCAUUUUAUAGUGUCGAACUGAUAGGAUAUCGCUAUGCGUGCUGGAGCUGACGAUGACAACCUCCUGUCAUGUGUAAGCUUUGUUAGCUGAGAACUAUCAUUUUGAGAGCAGUCAAACACCUGUUAAUUUAAAACUUUUUAAAAUCUUUCUCGCUGUGCUUUUAAAAAAUGUGUGCAUGACAUAUUUUUGCUUUAAUUUGAUUUUUUUUAUCAUAAGUAUUAUUAAAAGCACUUUGCUACUACGUCUGCUUUAUUAAGGUGCCGUACGAAUAUACGUAAUUCCACAACAUUACAGGACUUUUUUUGCCUCCUGAUCUACAUAUCCUUUCACCACUUUAACCUCUGUAUCACACAAGUAUAUGAAGUUUCAAACUCAGUUGGCAAAUCCUCUUCAUUUCACCUUGUUGUUGGCAUGCUAUUGUUAUCGGCGGGCUUUAAUAUGGGGAGCUUGUUUUUCCGACAAUUUUCACCUCACAUGAAGGCUGCGGGAUAGAAAGUACACUUUCUACGGCAGGUCGUAGAGCACAAACUAGUGAUUGCGGGUAAUGUUUCCUAACUGCGUAUUUUGAGGACAUUAAGUUAUCGGUCCAACAACAACAAAAGACUUUCAGAUAUAAAGUUCCGUUUACAACAGUUGAUUGAGUGUGAGUUCCAUUUCGUCUGUUUGAUUUGCGCGACAAACGUCGAGAAAAUAUCGCCUUUGUCGCGUUGCAUUGUGGGAGAUACAGUUUGUGCCACAUAUCCGUUUCCAGAAGGCAACUUUGUACAGUUUAGAGUGAGCCGCUGCGAGCAAGUCCAGCGGGGGCAAUGACUGCACCGUGGAGUUUCAGGAUGUGUUCCCGGGAAUCAUAUUCAACGUACUGGAGAUCAUUUGACGAAGUUUGACCCCAGCCGUUGGAAAUAUCACGUUUGGGAAACUUUGGCGGCUCUGCGGCUGUUGAGGAAUGGCCAGUUAAGCGGACCGAGGCGAAGAUUAGCUCACUAAGCUAACAGGCAUAUUCAAUGAGGGGAGGAGACUGCCCCUUUCUGCAGGUUAAUGUGAAGCAGGAGUUUACCUUUAGCUCUCUGACAGUGUUUAAGGCAUGUCUUACUCACUUCUAUAACAUGAUUUGUCUACAUGGAAGGAGGACUGCAUUAUGGAUUGUCUGAACAUAGUUUGCAUUGAAGGAUGAGAUCUGAGCAAAUCCCAAUUGCGGUACAUUUCUGUUUUUGAUGCAGUCGUGGCCUGGACUAGUACAUACUAUGAGCCAGGUCAUUUCUCAGAGGAGGUGUGCAAAGCUGUGAUCAUCGUUAUCUGCGAAGAAUGUCCGACUUAGAAAGUUCCAGCUUAGAUUUUGGUUUGGAGGAUCCGCAGUGGCUGUGCAUGGUUACACUUUUCAUCGCAUCCCUCGUCACUUUACUACUGUAUUUCGUACAGUAUUUCCAGCAAAGGGAUGUAGGAAACAAGCAGAGAGCAGGAGGGGACAAUGUGGCGCAGGAGGAAGCCGCCUCUUUGCUGGGAUGGGCGCUGUCACUGAAAAGCUGGAGAAGUCAGUGGAGAGGAGCCUGGUGCAGAGCUUUAAAUGACGAAUCCAGGAAACGAGGGGUAAGUCUCAUGAUCACAGUGACUGCACUGCCCUGUGGCAGGCAGGUGACUCCAAUAAAGACAGUGCACCUGGUCAGAAGACGUUAACUGAGAGGAUCACCUCACCUGAUCCCUCACAGAAGGGACAUCAGCUCUUGUAGACCCAGUGUCUCUGACAUUAGUCAUAUUCUAAUCCUUGAAACGAGCACCCUUUAUGUGAACAAAGUUUUAUUCAGAUUUUUUUUUAAACAAAUACAGAUACAUAUUUACCUGCAAGAGACAGACAGCAAACCAAGUGCGAAAUAAAAGUGCAAGGGUUGGGACUAAACAUUAAUCCAGCUAUGUGAACCCAGCUGUCAAUCUCACAUUAAUUGUACAGGUUACAUUGAUAGUCCAAUAAAGAAAUUAUGCAGGGCUCUCUAUUCGAGUCACCUCGUUGCCACUGGUCCCUAUACUUAUGUAUCAGAACAAAACAAGUAUAAUUGAUUUAAACUGUUGAACUUAAGUGGUUGAUUACCAGCCAACCCAAGCUCAUGUAAAGGGAAUUCAGCCUGGACAACAGUAUUUUAGGUAUAAUACCAUAUGGUACAGUAUAUAUGGUACAUAAAAUGUGAUUUCUCACCUCUGGUAUAAACAAGGAGGGAGGUAAAGGAGGGAGGAGUUUACAAUUCACUGCAGCACUCAGCCUAGCUAAUACUAAAAAGUGACAAUAAAGCUUGACAAAAUGUUCAAUAUCAGCACUGUGACAGUCCCACUGCUGCUGUCACUGAAAACAAAUGGUAGAGGAAAGAAGCUGCUUCAGUCCAAGGUGUGAAUGUGGGACAGUCCCACAUCUUACAGUGAGAAGUUUCACACAUGAGAAGUUCUUUCACUCAAAAAAAGACAUUCUUGCACCACAUCUGAAGUGUCUAGAUCUUUUUUUCAUUUGACUGUUUUGUUCUUCCUUUUACCUGUUUGUUUCUGUCUUCCUCUUUGUCAGGGUCCUGUUCUGUUGACAUUUGACGAAGGUGAUGUCGAAGCAUCAGAGCUCGUGGUCAGCAAAGUGUCCAGCUUUCAGAAGUCUGCCAAGAACAAGGUACACUAACUGUAAUGUCAUACAUGAAUACAUGGAGGUUUAUUUCUGUCCAACAUCCAGAAGCAGAAAUGCUCUCCUUUCUAAAUAAGUGUCAUGAACCUCCUUUCUUUGCUCUUCUCUUCCUUUUCGUCCAUUAAGCCUGAAAACGCUGGCAUUAAUGUCAAACUGAAAACAUUGACCCUGAAGUGGCUGGUGUGUAGUUUCUAUAUUAAAUGGUUAAAUGUUUGCACACUGAGCAUGGAUUCUUGUUACAUGUUAACAAGAUGUUCAUUGUUAAGUUGGGAAAUUAAUCUGAUUUGAAUAACACUCAUGAUUACAGCUGCCUAUGAGUAUAAAAGAUGGUAAUCAAGACUGAACAAUAAUUGUGUUAUCCCGCCUAAGUCCCAUACUGUGAAUGAUGGACGCUCUCCUCCUCUUCCUCAUAGCAGAGUGAAGGCGUGGCCCCUCCCCUCAAACAGCUCUCGCUGAGCCUGGUAAUGGGAAUGACUCUUUCCAUAGUGAUCUAUCUAUAUUUAUAUAUUAAUAUGUACAGUGUAUAUACUGUAUAUAUGUCAUAAAAAUUAAGACACGAGAACCCAGAAAAUAAAAAAUUUCCCUCAGGGAUAAAUAAAAUUCUAAUUAUCUUAUAUAUUGUAAUUGUUCUACCAGCCAGUUUCUGCAUUCAUCUGGAUAUUGUUGGCAGAAACCUCUAGAUCUGGGAUUUCUUCACUUUUAUUCCUGAUCAACAAAUCUUUGACAAAUAGAUCUCUCCUCUCCUGUUUAACUGCAGAGGAAAUUUCUUACACCUAGUGCUGCAUUUAUCCUGCAGUGUACAAACAGACUUAUCAACAGUCUAACGAUACAGACUUUUUCUGAAUGUAAUAACUUGACCAAUUUUUAUUUGUCAUUUGUUGAGCUUUUGUUAAGAAGAAAAGCACACCUGGUCCUCUCAGGUGUUGCUUCUUUAACAGUCCUGCUGGUUGUAUGCAAACAUGCUGCAGGUUUGUAAAGCGAGCUGGCAUCAGAGGGCUUUUAUUUGUUUCAGCGGGGUCAGAGAGGAUAAAUUGCUCACUGUUGGCUAUGCAGUGUCCCCUAUUGCACGCUCAGCCCUUUCUUUGUGAUCAUCAUGAUAUGGACCAAAAUACCAGGUGCUCAGCUAUCCAAAGCAGGGAGUUAAAUGAACUGAGGCCUUUUACCUUGUGCUGUGAAUGCGUGUAUGUGUACUUUAAAGGCUUACAUAGCUGUCAAGCUCAGCACCUGAGAAGGAGCAGGCAGACAACACCCAUGUUUACGUGAAGGUUUUCCCAGACAUCCAAUACCCAGCAGUGCCCAGAGAGACACAAACACCCUCAGUGACUCUGCUCCAGUGAAUGUAGAGAAGAAAUAUAUUUCUGCUCACAGACACUCAAGCACUGGGUGGGACUUUUUCUCUUUUUACCUUACUUCAGUUAGUCUUGUAUUGUCAGACAAAUCAGCCAGCUCUUAUUACCUUUCAUGUACAGCUAGGUGUCCAAGCUGUUCCCCCUCCUUGUCAGAUUUGCUAACCCAGUCACAGUCACUAAUUUAAAAUGGGGUGGGCUCUUUAAGAUGACGACACAGGAGCGCCACUUCAGCCUUUAUUGAAAAACCAACCGUGUUAAAUUCAUUUUAGACUUUAAAAGUGGAUGAUGCUUUUUCAUUAAAACAAGAAAAAACAACAACUGAACGUGGAGUGUCCAUUGGUGAGAAAAUGUGUUUCUUUCCUCCGUAUGCUGCUGGCUGUGUACAUUUCUGCUGUGUCUGAUUGGUUUGGGUCUGAACAAUCACUUUCAAAAAUCAACACAAAAAACACGUCCUCCUACAUGAGACUGUUUCUGAUCCCUUCUGGAAAAAUGAAAUGAACUGAAAGGUUUCAGACCCAUCCAGCAAGGUGAAGUAGCGAGACCAGCAUUCUUCUACAGUGAAGGUGGCGUGUUGUGCUUGCAGAUGAUUGAAUGUGAGAAAUGCGCGAGAAUGCCUUUGUGAGGUGGUGCACAUAUUUUCCCCUCCACAUUUUCGUUCAGUGAGUUCCUCAGGCAAAUGUUUGUCAGUGUUUCGAGCUCAUGUGACUGGUGACUGUACACAUAAUAACAUUUGUAUAAUUGAAACAUUUUACAUACUGAUGAAGUUUCACCAGUUCCUCCUUUUACAUAGCUGUGUUUGGACAUGUACCACCAGUGUCUGACCAAAUAAUGCUUCUUAUGAGAUGCUUUACGAAGCGGUUCUGCGACAUCAGUCAAUCAGCGUGUGCACAUGAAUCUGUGGAUUCAUGCAGAUGGAGGGAGCCGUGGUGCAAUAUGGAGUGAUUCAGAAGUAUUCGAUAAGAGAUAUUAGUGUACUGGGAUAUACCUCUCCGAAAAUCAUCAGUUAAAGUUUCAGAACAGUGGACCAACAAAUACUGACCUUAUCCAGACAGUGCACUCAAACCUGUUAAUGACCUCAAAACUCGAAAAUGCACUGAUCCAGCUUUUUGAGUCCCGAUACCUGGAUACAUACUGCAAGACGACCUAAAAGUACAACUUAAAAAAAUGCACAGACCUGCUGGGCAGAUUGUAAACACUGAGGAUUGUAGGUCUGCCCCAAGGAUUGCCUUGGGAUAGGCCCCUUGUCACUAAUUCCCUGUCUGGCUUUUUGGGUCUGACUGAUACCUGAUACAAGGAUAAAUAGUGCUAACAGUAGCACUAUUCAACUAGCCUGGCUGGGCCAUCCAGUUGCGUGAAUCACUUGCCGUUCCUUCCCACAACUGCCUUUUACUGUUGUCCGGGGAACAGUGGAAACAGUCACUGAUUGGCCCAGUUAUUUUCUGAUUUCUAAUACACGCUCCCAAUUUGCCGAAGUCCAGACUGUUGUGGGAAGGAACGGCAAGUGAUUCACGCAACUGGAUGGCCCAGCCAGGCUACUAUUCAACCAACUACCUAAACUAGCCAGGACUCCUGCUGCAUGGUAGAAACAUCAUCAUCUCCUUCCUGGUAGCUAGCUGAGACUUCUUUGGAGGAUUUUCUGCUGUGUUCUUGUCUGAGAGCUCACCUGGACGUGCCCUGAAAUCAAACUAGGAGGCUAGCGGGAAAUAUUCUCCAAAGCUAGGGCGAGAGAUUUGGAGGUUUGUGAUCACACAUAUUCGAGCUGUUCUUUUUCAUUACUAAUUAGAACUAUCAUUUAAACUCUAGGGGAAAAGCUCUUAUUUGAACUGCAAUAAGCUGCUCGAACUCUCAGCAGUUAUCCAGAGCAUCAGGCCGCCUAAAGUAGCUGUCUGUAUGAUUCAGCAGAAGGUGCUCUCUUGGUAACCUGACCAAUCUGUGCACUCUUGACCUCAUUUAAUUAAUGCAGUAAUGUUAGAAGAGAAAUUGAGGACAUGGUUAAGCAAAGCCAUGUUGAGCAGACAAUCACAACACAAAAAUAGUCUACAUCAUAGUCUACAGUGUUCUCAGCAGAUGUUCUGUAACCAUUACUCAGUCUGUUUCGUGACUCAUAUGGCGCUGUUGCAGAAAUCCCAUUAGGUGAUCAUUUUCAUUUUGGUUGCACAAGAAAUGUGCCCACAAAAGAAAGAUGGAAGAAAAGCACAGACUUAAAAACAGAGUACUAUCAUAAAAGAUGAUUCCCUCAUUUUAGGGGCUCUGCAGAUUCACAUUCACAGACCUUGAGGAAGGCCCGAACCAGGUGCCCUCCUGAAACCCAUGUGGUGAAACCCCCCUCCACAUGAUUACAGCUUUUCUAACAGCGGUUUACUCUGAACUGUGCAUGGAUUUGAUAUGAUUACUGUCACUGACUCGCUCAGUUCAUGUGUGUCCACCAAAUAGUUAGUAGAAAACUGUAUGUUGAAUGUGAAAUGGAUUUGUGUUGUUUUUUUUUUGUUUGUUUGUUUUUUACAGUGUAGGUGAAAAAGCUGAAAAUUUAAAGAGUAAAUUUUUAUUUCUAUACUUGUAUACUUCUAUACUGUAAUUGGUAGAUGCUCCACAUCAGCCACUAAAUCUGUAUUCUGUGAAUGGUCCCUCUGAAAUCUCUGAAUAUUCCUCUCAGAAGUCCAGUAUUGAUCAGGCUCCAGUAAUAAUGCCUUGCUUUGUUUUCCUAACAGGCCGCCUCCUGCAGUGUUGUUGGGGAGGAGCUUCAGUUCUCUGUCAGCGCAGCACCGACAUCCAUGUCUCUAUCAGAUCCUCAUAAAUACACAGUGUGUUUAUCUUCACUGGAGCUGCAGGUAAAUGCUCUACAGUUGGUUUUUCUGGGGCAUCUAUGAAGGUUGUUAUAAUGAAAUUAAACAGUCAUUAACAGUGAUGGGCAGUAACAGCGGUACAGUUAGAGACGGUAGUAGCUCAAAUAUAUUUCUUUCUAGUUUGGUGGGAGUAUUGCUGACUUUGGAAACAAAAAGCUGUUCAGUAGUUCAUUUGGAGGGUCCACAAAAAGCUACAGUCUCCCUUGACAAAGUGUAGGCACAACCAGGCUCUCUGUUCUGCUCUCAGAAACAAACAAGUUGGGUAAAGCAUAUAUGCAGCUGGGUCACCUCUGGUCUUAAAGCGCUGAGGACCAGAAGGUGACGCCAGCCUGAAUGUGGAAGUGUAAUUGUAGCACUUUCUGCUGUCAUGUAACUGUGACAACACUGUAUCUAUCUCUAUGUCCUUUACUUAAACUUAUGACAGUCCAGCAGCUGACAAUCAUGCGAACACACAAGCAUGAGUUACAUUCAUACUAGGGCUACACGAUAUAUCGUUUGAGCAUCGUCAUCGCGAUGUACGUAUGUGCAAUAAUCACAUCACAUGGCCUGUGAUGUCGGAGGUGAAUGAACUCAGUUAAUUUCAGGGGUAACUGACUGAGAUACACUGCACAUGACUCUGCAUGUGCUGUGCAGCGAUCCACCAAUCACCUUCGUCCUUUACUCAGUUGCCAAUCAGACUCAGUUCUCAGUUGCCAAUCAGACUACCCUGCCAGGUGUCAAUCAAAAUCAGAGAGGAGGAAACCAACCCCUGCACAUGUUCUGCACAUGGAGUGAGUCACUGGCUGCUGGUGUUGAGCCAAGAAACGGGUGUCCACUGAAAAUUACUUUCGGAAUUUUACUAAUGACUGUUAAGCCCAACAAAUAAGAACUGUAUGGGUUUUAAAAUGUAUAUUUCCGUGGACCACUCUACUAUAAGCGGUGCGCGUUUUGCGUGGUGCACGCGUUUCUCGGCACAACACCGGUAACAACAACAACGAUUGCAAAAUGAGCAACGAACAAGAGAAAACCACAGAAGAUGAAGAUUUGUUGCCAAAAAGAAAAGAAAGUCAAUUCUCUGGAAUUAUUUCUGUUACAAGAUGGAUGAUGUCGACCAAAACAUGUGUUCUGUGAUCAUCUGUCACCACAAUAACGUCCCAGAACAAUAAAAGCUAAAAACAUCUCUGAGACAGACAGAAACCAUUCUACUAACAUUCACAAAAAGAGGUAAGAUCAGUGCAGGUUAACUGUUCUCAAGACGUCAGCGGUGCAGCAUAGCAUUAAAUGCUAUUCAGGUCAUCUGGUGAAAAUUCCUGUAUUUUUUAAUAUCGCAAUAUAUAUCGCAGGGUUGGAAAAAAUCGCAAUGUAUUUUUUCCAAUAUCGUGCAGCCUUCAUACACACUUAUAACCUCUAUUUAUAUACCCCUUACUUAUAACAGGUGGUACUGCAAGAUGCUUUACUGAACAAAAGGUCUAAAACAUACUCUACAUUAUUUACAAGGACCCGACAUCAAGGUGAAACUGAUCACAUCAUAGAAAGAUAAGAUCCAUUCUUAUCCCAUCUUAAUCCACCAGGAGCAGAACUCUACUCUCUACUCCCUCCAACAGGCAGAAACCUUGAGAAGAAGAAGAGUGCUCAUGUUGAACAGCCAUCUGCCGUGACCCUGUAGGGAUUAGAAAGGGGAUAGAGGAAGAGAUAGAAAGAGAGAGGAUAGAGGCAGACACACAAGAAUAACAGCAACAACAGCACAAACUUAUGGUUGCGGUGCCAGCCAUAAUGGUACAAGCACAUGUGCUCUAAGCAAAAAAGGAAAUGAAUGACAAGAGAGCAGCUGUAAUUUUAUCUGAAGUUAACAGGUCUAAAAGCAGCAUUUGUGAUGACGCCAAUAACACUGCUGCGAAACAGUAUUUUCCCCUCACAGAUUUCUUCUGUUUCUGCUUUUUUGUCUCACUUACAUGUUUCAGAUCAUCAAACUAAUCUGAAUACAAAAAACAAAACACGUUUUAAAUGCUGAUUUAAUUAUUGAGAGAAACAAUACAAACUAACCUGGCCCUGUGUGAAAGUCAUCUCCUCCUUAACCUGAUAGCUGGUUGUUCCAUCUCUAGUAGCAACAACUGCAAUCAAGACAAGAUAAACCUUAAUUUAUUCCACAGUGGGGAGAUUUGAAGUGUCACAGCAGCAAAGCAUCAGCAUAGCAAACAAAGAAUGAGAAUGAGUCCACUCAUCAUGCACACAGUGAACAGAUAAUUAUAAAAAGUUAACUUAGACCUAUACAAGAAAUGUUAUAUACAAAGUAAAAAGAGAAGAAGCAACAACAACAAAAACUAAUACAGUUCUACACAGUGAACAAGAAGAAUUGGACAUGUUAUUAAUGCACAUGAUUGGAGUUAUUAUACAUGACAAAAAAUGUAGGUGUUUGCAAUUGUAAUAAAUAUCUAGCCUGUCAAUAUUGCACAUUGAGGUAACAUUGAGUUGUUGUCCAUCAGUGGUGCUCGAAAAAACUUGAACUACUGGGAGCAGGCCUGGCUAAACAGUCUGACUGCAGCAGGAAGGAAGGAAGGACUUGUGGUAUCUCUCUGUCACACACCGUGGGUGAAGCAGCCUGUCACUGAAGGAGCUGCUGUAAAGUGUCUGUGAUAACUGUCAGUGAGUUUCUGUUUUGGCUGUGGAGGAGUUUGGCCCACUCCUUGCCUGAAUUCUUUUCAUUCAGCUGUAUUGGAGGGUUUUCCAGCAUGAAUGGCCUGUUUCAGGUCAGGCCAUAGCAUCCCUAUCAGAUUGAAGCCCAGACUUUGACUGGGGCACUUUUUAGGGCAGCAGAGUGUCUUUAGAGAAGCUGAGGGAGAGAUGUGCUGUCUUUUCCUAGUUCUAGUCAGCACUGAAGCUGCAGUGUUUUGGACCAACUGACGAGUCUUUGGAGUCUUGCUGGGGCAGCGUGAUGAUGAUGAUAAUAAUAAUAAUAAUAAUAAUAAUAAUUAACAAUAAUAACAAUAUUAACAAGAGUUUAUUUAUCCCCAGUUUUGUGAUGUUAAACAGGUGGAUAUGGUGGACCUUCAAAUUUGUAGAGUUGAACCACAGAUCCUGAUCAAAUAACCUCCCAGAUUCCUAUAAGUGGUGUCAAAUGCCAAACUGAUGCCAUUUAUGGCACACACAUUAUUAUGCAUCUAUUUUGCGUAUUAUUUAUGCUUAUUAAAAAUGUCUUUCUUUGUUUGGGGCCAAAAAUAAAUUCCCCGUUUUGUGUAAGUUGAGCAGCAAAAAAUCUUGGUUAUUCAGAUGUCAAUGUUUUCAGUUUCCUGAAAGGUUUCUCCAGGUAUAACUCAGUAUUAGAUACCAACUUGACUUUACAACCGUCUUUGGUAACAAUUUUCCUCAAUGAGGCUGUUUUCUCUGCUUUUGAAGGUAUAAGAAACAAAUGUUUAGUUUUGUUUGCAUUAAGGACAAGUUGCCGUUGACAAAGCUGGUCUUGUGCCAAAGGUUUAAAAAGCUUGAUCAUACCUGCCAACACUUGGGUUAUAAAAUCCGGGAGAAUUUUGCUGCACGUUGGGCACUAUCAAUCUUUUUCUGUUAUCAGAGACUCAAUAAAAUUUUAAGUUAACGGUAAAAAUUUCUUUAUCAAAGAAAGGCAUUGAUAAGCAAAUCGUUAAAGAAUUGAAUCGAUAAGCAGAAUCGAUAAUGGCAUCAAUAACAAUAAAAAUCUUAUAAAUUCCCAUCCCUAUUGUAAAGUAAAAGUAUCAACAGCACCCUCUGGUAACGGGCUGCAGUAUAGGUCAUAAAUCCCGCCUCCGUCAGCAAAACUUAUGGGGCUGUGGACAAAUUUAUCACACAGAACAUAAAUUUUUCUCCCCCCUGCUUGCGAUGCUGACAUGUAGUUACUGUAAGAUUGGUUUGUGCUCAAGUCCCCUUUUUUUCUGUACAGCUUCAUUUUUAAAAGUUAUUAGGGGGUUCAUGUUUUCUAUGAUUGACACUUGAUACAGCCUAUGGGUGUACGAAGAUUGCAUAGCUCACCCAGGGGAUACGCUAUUUGAGCCAAGCAUCAUCACAGCGACUCUCGGCCGAAUGCGCACAAUGCUACUGCACAAGUGGUGGAGUGCGUACAACACUACUGCACAAUGUUGGUUUCAGGAAAUGGAGAAAAAUCACAGAAUUUCUGAGAGCUUUUUGGCCUCAAAUCUGUAUACUGGCAGAAGGUGGAACCAAGAUGUCCAUAGUGUAUACAGUCUAUGGCGGAAACGCAGGACAAUCUUUAGUUGUCUGGAAACCUGGCAACUUUGGACUAAUAUAGUGAUACAAUUUAUGAAUGAACGUGGACCAUGCAAACUACAGGAGAUUCCUGGGAGACAUGACAAUAUGGGAGGUGGGUGGGGGAUGGGUCUGAAAUACAGGACAGUCCUGGGAAGAACGGGACUGUUGGCUCGUAUGCCUUAUAUGGUGUUUAUUGGCUAUCAAUGGGUGGAGAGUUAUGCUGAUUAUUGGCUAGCAGGAGUGCUGUCUCUUAAUGGUCGAUUGGCAUUCAUGAACUGUCAUGAAUUUAUACAUGUGCCUAUGACCAAAUCAGGAUUGUAUUCCACUAUCAUGAAUCUAUAGUCUUUUUUUUUAGUACCAAUGAUGUUUGCACACAAAUGUACUCAUGGUUCAUGAAUGAGACCCAGUGAUUCUAAUGAUAGAUGUAAAGUUUGAAACAGUCCAUACUCUGUAUUUGUGAGUAAGAGAAGCUUCCUGUUAUGCAGCAAGACAUCAGUGUAGAUUAAUGUAAAUGUAAUAAACAAAGUAUGUACAGCAAGCUAACUACUUAGCAGUGUAUCAUAUGUAGCUGUGAGUGAUAUGCACUCAUGAGCUAGACUACUUUCCCAACUUCUCAAAACCGAGUCAUAACUUCUAAAUUGGUAGGCUAAGGCUAAUACUGUAUGAUAUUUUUUUCCAAGGUUGCACAUUACCAAUUACUAUAUUAAUCCUCAAAGGGAAACUCAUCAACACAGUGUGCAUGACAAAAAAAUCAUGGGAGGGCCAGAGCAAUCUAGAAAUACACAUCUAAAAGUGUGACAAAACCAAGAAAUGACUACUGUGACUGCUCCUGUGAAUCUGAGCUGGAACAGCAAAGUCACAAUCAACUCAAAAUCUGGAAGAAGAAUAAGAACUGUGGCAGGAUAAGCAACCUACACAAACAGCAGUCAUAUGAGACUGUUCUUAACUAUUAUUAACAAACAGUUAGCUUUACAAGCACACAUGUACACUUUUCUGUAAUAUGACUCAUACUGUAUUUUAACACCUUGAAUAAGGUGGUGUGUUAGCCCCAAUGGAAGUUCAAGUCGCUCCACUGUCACAUCUCAUCAGUAAUCCAGGAAGCAGCCACUUCUCUCUCUCUCUCUCUCUCUCUCUCUCUCUAUCUCUCUCUCUCUAUCUCUCUCUCUCUCUCUCUCCUUCCUCUCUUUCUGUUUCUGUCUCUCAAGGCUCUGUGAGAGAGACAGCAGACCAAAGCCUGGAGACAGAGAAGUUGCAGGAGCAACAUACACACAACACAGUAUUACAAGAAAAUAGGUACAGUAGAUAACCCUUGUGUUAAAACACACACGCGCACACACACACACACACACACACACACACACACACACACACACGCUAAAGGCAGGUGCUCAAGCACCCCUUGGCUCCUGUGUGUGCAUGUGCCUGCUUACCACCAGCUUCCUCCUGUUUCUCCUCAUAUUGUUUUUUGAAUAAUCAGUGAUAUAGACUGGCUCAUUUCUGGAAAUAGUGAAACACUUGUUGUCAAGAAGUUCUGUAUGUAUGCAACAGCGCUCUAUUCUCAGAACAGGAGAGAGUGCAGAUGGAGGAGACUGACUAAGAGAGUAAAAGGAGGGCAACUUUCAACCACAAUGUCUAAUACAGCGUUACAGUAAGCAGUAAAUCAAAUGCACUGGCAUAAACGGGACCAGAUGAAAUUCUUCCCUGCACAUGCUGAAAUAAAGGUCUCGUAUGGUCGCAGUCUCGAGCCCUAGGCUGAGAUAAAAGCUACUUCCUGUCUAAUGGCAAAACAGGGAACUUUGAGGGCUUGUUACAGCCACACCUGUUGAUAUUCCAUUCUGAGCCCUGGGAUUUUUACUUAUUUAGAUUUGUUCUAAUUGCAAAGUAAGAACUAAGUGGACGGGAUGUACACAAGGAAGGGCCCCAAGACAGGAGAGUUUUGCUAGUUCUUUCAGAAUAUUGAACUUCUUAUCGACGGUUCAUCACAAUGUAAAGACUUUUUAAGUCUCUGGAAGCAGGUUUUGUUUAAGGAAAAUCAUCCUUUGACUUGAAAGUGGUCAGAAUUUUUUGAGGAUGCUAUUGAGCCAAUUCUUCCUGCUCAUGUUCAGAUCCAUAAAAUAUCAAAAUGUUCACCUGAUUUGACGCAUGUGGAACUUUUAAUGAGUUUUAGAGCUUUUAAGGCCCCCAAAUUGUGACAAAAGACACAGAAUAACAAUCAGAAUGGUCAACUGAGGAAAGUCCAUUUAUGCCCUUAUAUCAUUGGUGCUCUGGCUCUGCUAAUCCUAAAAAUCUAUCGGGCCUUUCACACAAGAUAUUGCCUGGGCUCUAAUUCUAAUAAUUAUCUUAGUAAUUACAGUUGGGUCCUUUCACCUACUUGAUGCUCAGGCCCUAAUAAUAUUCCAAGUAAUACAACAAGGUCCUCACACCUACUCAGUGAUUUGGCCCCAACUACAACAAGACAGCAAAACUGCAAAAACAAUCCAUGAAAUUAUAGAUAAAAAGUGUUAAACUAGCUCUGAAGUAGUGAUAUACGUCUGCUGAGUUGCUCUAGUUUAGCGUGUGCCAUCAUCUGAGGGAGUAGUUCUGGUGUAGUUAAGCUAAAUCUUAAGGAGAGUAACUGGUAGCUUAAUUCACUCCAUUUGACUAGUAGCUUGCCCUCCACUGCUCAUUGUCCUCCCGUAAAUAUGCCUCCAGUACCUGGGUGUCAGGAGAUACUUUUCUAACCCAGCCCAGCGUUAGAUCACUGCAGGCUCAGCGUCUAAAUUUAAAUGGUUGGGAUGUCUUUCUGUGCCUGGCAAUAGUCCUGAAUUACUGUUAAAACUUUUUUCACUACGCUUGGCAUUCAGUCAUACAGUCCAGAGGGCUGUCCAUGAUUGAUUUAACUCUGAAGUUAUGACAGAAAUUGUUAAUGGCUUCCCGCUCUUAACAACACUUAUUAAAUUCGUGUAUAGUUCCUUAAUGUUACAGGGCUCAUAUGGAGUAUGUGUAACACCCAUCUUUGUUAAAUAUAGCAGUGCUCAAAUAAAGUAGCGUUGAAGGUGAUGUGUUGUGUACAUAUCAAGGGUUGUAUGCUCUAAGCUGUGCUAAGCUUUCGCUGUGUUCUUGGGUUAGUGUUAAUUCUUCACCAGUGUGUGGAUAAAAGCAGCUAUACAGGCUAACCCAAUUGUAUUAAUGGCUAUUUUAAAGCCAAUAAGGUGCUUGUCAUCUUCUCUGAGCUCACUGUGCCAUAAAUACAACCUACAGUGAGUGACUGGGAAGCUAAAGUCAGGAUUAGGGUCAGGCAGUUUUGUUUUGGUUGUGGAUCAUCUGUUGUUGCAGGAACAUAAAGGAAGCCUCUCGUCUCGUUUUUACUCUUGAUUGUUUCAGCUUUGGUCUAGAAUGGUCAGAGGGCCUUUUAAAAAUGUCUUUAUACAUUUGUCUACCGGUACAAGUGGACUGAAAUGCAUGCCAGAAUAGUCUUGGCUAAUGGCCUUAUAAAAGAACUGAAGCUCUUUGUGUUUACACUGUGAGGAGUACAUAAAGUUCUCUGUGGUAGUGUAGUGCUGCUAAGGAGCCCUGCAUAAUUACAAAUGUUGACCUUACUGGAUUAACAUUAUUAUAUUUCAUAUGUAUGCCAUACAGAUUUCUACAUUUUAAACAGUUAAAAAACAAGUUCAGCCUGUUGUUAUUUACACUGUGAUGUCUGGAGGCUGCUCCACAGUUGCUAUCCUCUUCAUUCUCCCACACUUAAAAAGAAUAGAAUACAAAAUGAGAACAAAGUGAAGAGUUUGACAAAUCCUUGAAUCAUGUGUUGCUCCUUUCCAAUGGGCAACAAUGUUUGAAAACUCUAAAUUGGGAGUGCAUGCAGCCUGAACAUCGAUGGAAAACCAGUUCUUACCGCUCCUGUACUCCUCAGCAUCAGGAGUUGAUGGACACUUGAUUUUAACAUGACACCCAUCUAUACAGCCCAUCACUCCUGGGAAGUUCCUAGAUUUGUAGAAUUGCAAUUAAUAGUUGGCUUGCUCAGCAGCAUCAAGGAACUUGAUGUACAGAUAUCUCAGUUCAUAAAUGGUACUGUAGACAUUGUGAACUAUUCUACAUAUUGUUGCUUCACUGGCACCACACAAAUCACCAGUUUCAUAAUCAAAGGUUCCAGAUGCCAAGAAUCUCAAAGAAUCAGAACUGGGAGAGAACUGGGUACAGGCCUUCCUCUUUGAGACAUGGAGCAAAGUCGAGGCUCAAGCAAAGUAAUCGUUUUCAGUACAUCUUUGUACUUGGAAAAUUAUCUCAUCAAACUGAUUCAAUGGAUUACUCUUGUCCACAAGUAUUUGUCUGGCUGGCCUCUGUAGCAAAUAUUGGUCAUUUAGAUAUUAUGAAUACUCCAUGCUCCCAAACCAUCUGUACUUCCUUUCCCUAACCCUAACCUAAAGUGAAACCUGCCUCUAUUCAGGAUUAAUAUAAACUUCAAUCUAGUUCUAGAGUAGCUCUAAUUCAUCCUCUUACAAUUGGCUUUGUUUAAUCCAGAACACACUGAAUCUAUGACUAUUUUAAGAUAAAUUUGUGCAAGUGACUUAAAGUUAAGCCAGCUCAAACAGCAUUUUAGUCGGCCUAGGCUUAAACCUUGUCUGUGAAACUGGGCCAUAGUCUCCCCAGUGUGUCCUGGGUCUUCCCCGCAGUCUCCUAUUGGUGGGACAUGCCCUGAACACCUCACCAGCGAGGGGUCCAGGAGGAAAACCUGAUUAGAUGCCCAAGCCACCUCAUCCGACACCUCUCAAUGCAGAGGAGCAGCAUCUCAACCUGAGCUCCUCCCAAAUGACUAAGCUUCUCACUUCUCACUCUCACUAUCUCUAAAGGAGAGCCCAGCCACCCUGCGGAGCAAACUAAUUUUGGCCGCUUGUACCCGUGUAAGGGGUCUAUUUGAGCCACCCUUAGUCUGAUCCCUCCCCCAGGACCUGUUUGUCAUGGGUAACCCUAACAGAGGCAUAGAACCCCUGACAACUUUGCUACUGGGAUCACUGGAACACACAAACCCCUCCACCAUGGUAAGGUGGUGGCUCGAGGCGGGGGUAUUAUUAUUUAUUAUUUAUUUUGAUUAUUUAUUAUUAUCACCGGCUAUUAGUACAAAGGAGAUGUAGCAGAGUCCCAAGCGGUUGGACAAUAGACCAAUUUACAGCCUGCCUCAUCAAAAAGCUGCAUGCACAGCAUGGCAAGUGUUAAUGAAAGUAGCCUACUAUUUUGCCCCAGCCACUCAAAUGACCAAGCAAGCAGGACAAACGUCCUGCUUCGACUAACUGGUGAUGAUCAGUCACGACAGGGAGAGAGGCUCACACACCGAGGAUCUUUCACAACGUUACACAUGGGCACACACACAGAGCAGCGAUCUGAUGUAAACAUUGGUAUUAACUGUAUAAACUUCAUCAACAGAGUCUCCCUCAUUCAUCCACACAGACACACCUGUGUUCACCAAGCUACAGCUUUCACAGCAGCUCAUUACACCACAUCACAUGAGUGAAACACUUUACAUUUUAAGUUAUAUGUGAAAGGGUGACACUUUUGAAGUUUCAUCAGUGAACAAUAUCUUAAAGAUAGCUAUGAUGAAUAUAAAUAUAUUAUAUUGGAGUGCACUUUUGAACACCAAAUACAAAGAGCAGUGGUCGAACUAUCUAAACUCAGGAUUAUUUGAUUGAUUUCAUGAAAUCAAAUGUAUCUGCUUACCCCCUCUUUUUCUUCCAAGCUCUGCCUCAGUGACUGAUGUUAGGGGGAUAAAAAACCUUACCCUGUUUUAAGUCUGUUUAACUUUGUAUAACGACUGAAGCAUGUUAUCCCUUGUUAAAAACUGAGUUGAUUUGGCGAGCAGAGAUUUUUAUCUUAGGUGCCUCGCUGUUAUCAACGUGUAGGGUGAAGUAUUUGGAUACUGUCUGUGAGAGAAGGGUGCUUUACUGACUUGAGUUCAGAUAUGAGAGGAUGCAAACCCUUUGUUUGGUCAUGGAUCCUCUCUUAUACUCUCAGGUUAAACAGUGAAGUGAGGUAUGAGCUGUGAUGCAGUCUGUAGAUUGUAAGUGGUUAAAAUAUGGAGUGGCAGCUGGCUUACUGUGAGCACAUUAGUCAGUUUAAAGUUUAUUGGUAGACCUGUGUGUGGCAAGGUGUUUGGAUUCUAAUCCAACUUCGCCAGCAGACAUGUAUUUCUCUCUAUGUAAUCUCCGCCAAGUUUGGGUUUCUGCCAUACACACAUUUGUGUCUUCCCAUCAAGGCUGUAAUAUUGUUCCUGAUCCAUCUGAGCAUUGUCGUUUCUCUAUGUUGGGGCCUUUGUUUGGAAUCAGAGAGGCGGCUGUUCAGUGUAAUGCUGGAUUCCAGGCAUGCAGGGACAGGGUGGCCCACUUUGUUUUCUGCCUUUCUCUCAUUUCCUGACACUCUCUCUCUCUCAGCUGGGUGAGGUGUUGACACACACCUUUGUAACCUUUUCCACUUCACCCUCGUCCUGUUUGUCAGGCUAAGCAGAGAGGCAUUGCAUAAGCCAGGCAUAACUUCAAAAUAUGGAGGUAAAAGUCACAGCCCCAGCUCAUUUUCUUAUUUUAGGUGAAAAACAGAAGCUGUUUUCAAGGUCUUAUUAAACUAUAGUGACAAGGACAAAUGAUGCAAUGACCUGAACAAUCUUUAAAAGGAGUAAAUGGCUGCAAAUGGAAAAACAAAACAAGACAAUCAUAACACUGCAAAUGGUAAAACAUGUUGCCAAAAGUUUGAAGUGCUCCACAUGCUCAAAUGAUAAAAAGCAAAUAAAGCAGCAAGUGAGACUUUUAAAGGGAAGUACUCCAGGCCUGUGAAGGUGCUGAGUGCCACAGUUUUAUCACUGACUGAGAUUGAGGACGAAGUAGAAGAGCACACACUGAUCUUGUUUGACACCAGGGUGUUGAGCCUGACUAAUAAGCUAAUAGCACCACUAGCUGCAUGGCUAACUGGAAUUCAUAGCUGAUCAAAGCAGGAGUUGUUAAUGUAGACAAGCUUUCUGUCCAUCACAGACUUUUUUGUCAAGGCUGAGUGGGUUUUUAUUUACAUAUUUAUACUGUUGUAUUUAGGCACAGUACACAUGAAGGCGUGGUCAUGAACUCUGAGGUUGUUUUUCGUCAACAGUCUUUGUCAAUAACAGAUAAAUGUCAAUAACAGAUAAAGGGAGCAUCUGCUCUUCCUCUCUGUCCUGCCAAAAGUAGAGCUGUGUCUGACAGUGCCCCUACAGGCCUGGAGUACUUCAGUGUGCAUUGUUUGUUUUGGACUUUUGCAUUUGCUUUCAAAGUUGUUUCGUGUCUGUGUUUGCUGUGUGUUUCUCUCAGUGAAGAUCACUCAUUUUUACUUGUUGGCCAUUGUAGAGAUUUGGCAUACAGGAAGUGAAAAAAGACAGACAUAUAAAGAAAAAAGCACAGUAAGUGUGUGGUUUGCUGAACUAUAACCCUGAGAGGGUGAGCUCCACUUUAGUGAAAUUGGACUUAAAUUUUCACAACAUCUGCUCACUCCACAUUAUUAGGGCCUGAACAUGGAGAAGGUACGAGGACCUAAUUGUAACAGCAUUCAUCUGAUCUGCAUAGAAGCAGGUUUACAGGUGGAAGAGACCUGGGCAAUGAAAACCUCAUGAAUAAUACACCAUGCAGAAUAUUUCAUCCCAGCCAAAGAGCUUCCUGGUGGCAGUAGGUAAUGUCAUGUUGUAAGUUACUUUGUGAGCCAAAACUCCAACUCUUAAGAAGUCAGGACAUGUAUCAGGCAAGUGGCAUCAAAUUCAAAAUGAGUGAAUAUUUGCAAGAGAGCAAUCAAGUCCAUCAGUUUGAAUAUUAAAUAUCGUUGUGGUGGAUUCAGUUGAAUUUUGGUAGGAAAGAAUUUAAAGAUCAUUGUUUUCUGUUUUUUCUGUUUAUUCACGUUUUACACAACAUCCCAACUUCACUGGAGUUGGGGUUGAUCAAUCAAGCAGCAACCCCAGAUCCUCAAGAAUGAAGCUGACGCUUCAGUGCUAAAAGCUGCAGGAGAGUGCCCACCUGUGGUUAGCUGUAAAAGUUUUGCUUCGGUGUUUGCUGCUCUCAGUUUGAGUUUGAUAUCAGAACAGGUGGUCAUCCACACAAAGAUCACCUGAAAUGACUGAACAAUAAACAUGCAGGGUGUUUUAUUUGAGGUCCUAGAAAUUUCCUAGAAAUCAGACUCAGAGAGGCAUAAAACUGUAAGAAGCUGUCUUUGCUAAAAGAUAAAAGAUGCGGGUGUCCAGGGUCCAUUCAGAAUAUAUUUGGGGAGUGCCCCAGCCCCAGGUGUACCCCCAGAUCUCAAAGUGGCUUGAUUUAAUGUGCUGUUUCUUUGCCAUUCAGUGUAGCACGUAUUCUGUUAGUUCUUGUAAUUGUGAACGAGUCCAUUAAACAUUCAUGUUUGACUUAGAACAGGAACAUUUAGCUUUUAUGCUGCCUCUGUGUUGUGUUACUUCUGAACAAAUAUGAAUAUUUAUUAAUAUGAUACAUUUUGAAGUAACCUAAUUUUGUUUUUGUCAUGAUGUGAAAUACAUUGGCAAUGUUUUUUCAAUCAUUACAGCCCUAAGUUUUUUGACUACACAGUCUUGAUGUCAUAGACAGUUAUUAUAUCAAGUGAAUAACUCUGUCACCACCAUAAGAGACUGUAGCUCUCCCACAACAAUGUCAUGUGAUAUGUAAUGACACACUGGGACACUGGUACAGCUUUUCAGGGUGCAGUAUGUAAGAGCUAAGGCAUUAAUGAUGGCAGAACAAGCAGUAUGUAAGAGGCUGUUCAUGGGGAAAAUGAGACAUUAGUGUGGCAUAAUGAUGGUGGCUUGAACCAGUCAUGUAAGGAGGGCUACAGUCCUCUACUCUUAAACUUCAUCCCUCAUUAGCGUUUACAUCAGAUUAUACUAGUGAAUGAUUGAAUAGAGGCACAUUCAAAUGUGCAGAAAAGGUUAGUUUAAAAUGAGUCUACUCUCUAAUAAACAUUGUUGGAGUCUAUUAGGCUGUCCAAAUGACAUAAAAGCAUUAUGAUUGGAGAGCAGCUCCCUCCUCUCUGUUUUGUCUGAUUUAUUGUCUCUGUGUUCACCAGCUUGAUCUGCAGAUGAAAGAAACUGAGGAUGAGGUCACCGUGAGCUGGGGAGUGCAUCACCUGGAAACAGGAGAGCUGCUAAUUACACCUGAUGUCACCCAGGUAAAGGGUUUAAUCAGCUAAGAUUUAAAAUUCAUUUAAUAUUAAUAAACAAUAAAUAUUUAAUAUUAAUAUUAUUAACAUUAAUAUUAAAAUUAAGAGUCACUGAAAGUUAAUCAGACUAGUGAAGAAGAAAGCUGUCAAACAUCUGAGUUUAGGAGCAUAAUUUGAUCAUACACUAAUAAUGUUUGUGUUCUUACUGAUACAAAAGAAGGAAACAAUCAGGAUGCUGUCAGAGAUUUUAGAUUUCACUGAAAUCAUAUGCUAUAUACAUCUUUGCAUUUUUAUUUUUUACUUAUUUGACCAUUUGUUUUUUUCUGUACAUACUGAUGUUGCUGGAAUUUUCAUUUACUUGAGUUCAUUGACAAGUUUGAUCUAAUCUAGUCUCAUAUGCUCUCUCUGUCAGGGAAAUGCAGAUUUUCUCAGUGUAACAGCAAUAAAAGAGCAGCUGAAGCAGCUGUUGUGUGCAACCCGCCCCUCUGUGCUGCUGGGCUGUAGGCCUGCUCAGACCUCAGAAGUCCAGGUGAGUGGAGGGAACAUGACAUCUUCACAGCUGCAACACAAGAACACCAUGUAAAAGAAAUGUGUGUGGACAAAUCUCUCACGUUGGUUCAGUGUCUGUAGAAGGAGGAAACUCUGACAGAUAUUAGGGUGUCUGUGCUUCACAUCACAUUUAUGUUCCUCUAAAGAAGAGACUUGGUCUCAUUUUACCUGGUGCAAUGACAACAAAGAUAUCCUAUUGAGUUCUGAGUAACACAACAAUGUAACAACACAGACGUAAUGGGACAAGUGGAGGUAAUCAGGACACCACCUACUGAUUUGAUUUCACUCCGCUCCUGCUGGUAGUUUGAAAGAGAGCAGGUAGAAAGCCCUCCAAGAGACAUACAGACCUCACUCUAGCUGACUGUUCAUCUGUUUGUGGUGAGUCUCAGUUUCCCUGUAAAUGACACUGGAAACUUUAAAGUAGGGAUGGUUUGUCCUGCAGUGCGAAAGCCUUACAGAGAUGACUGCUUUUCGUUUGAUUCUGGUUAAACCACACUGCCUCUGUGGUGUCUUUUUUUUAUUAAUUGAGCAGCUUUUCUUACUCUGCUGGUGAAAAUAGUGGAGCACUUAGUCUUGGAUCAUUAAUUAAUUUUUUUCAGGGAAUAAACAGCUUGAAGACCCCCUACCUCUCCUUGCUGUAUCCCGGCCAUUUUAACAUUAAAAGUAACAACAUGUCUGCACUCUGUUCACCAGUCACUGUAGGUUGAACCUUUUUCUCUGGUUAGGACACUAAUCUUCUCUAAUCUUCUCUCUGUCUAUAUGGAGAUGUUAAUUAAAAUGGUUAGUCACUAGAGCAUGUAGUCCUGCUUACCUGCAGCUGAAGUCUAAUUUGUGUGUAAAGGCUUGUAACCAGAACCAAAAAGGGUUCCCAUGUCACCCUAGUUUUAAUGUUCCAACACUGGCUCUCAGUUGUUUUGAGGAUCAAUUUUAGGAUUUCACAUUUAAAGUGCAACACAGACAUGCUCCUCUCUAUAUGUCUGAGCUUUUGUCUCCCACUGAAUCAUGUCCCAGAUCCUCUGGCUGUUCCAAGGUCCAGACUGAAAACUUAAUGUCAGAGCACCCAGACUUUGGAACAGCCUGCCAGAGAAGAUCAGACUUGCAGAGUCGCUCUCCUUUUACUUCACUGCUCAACAUGAACCUUUAUGGAAAAACCUUCCUUCUUUGAGUUGAUUUUAAUUUUACUGUCUUAUCCCUGAUUUCACUCGCCUGUUGGUUUAAUAGUCCAUUUACUUUUAUUCCCUUUCUGCCAUAUUUAUUAUUUUGUCAUGUUAUUAUUCUUAUGCUGUGAAGCUUUUUCAGAAAUGUUUGAACUGACCUGCCCUUUGUUCAGCCAUCAUGCCCUGUCAUGUGUUUGUUAUGUCAUCAGGUUAACUGUUUAAUGAGCUGUAGUCAGCUCUUUUAAAAGUAAAGAACAUUUACACCAUUUUUUUAUGUGUGUGUGGGUAUAAGCCUCCGAUAAUGUCUGAGUUUAGGCCACGACCAUCCCUUUAUGACUAAGAAAUAUCUGAUGCUUACAUCCAGUCUUUUUCAAACCACUAUUUUCACUGUAGCUAUCCCGUAUAGUAUAUUUGUCACAUAUUGACAAAUACAGAUUUUAAAGUAAUCUGAUCCAAAGUUUAUCUCUUAAAACUAUGGACUGAAAUUUUCCCCUGGCUAAGAAGUGUGAGAAAUUGACAGUCUUUGUGACAGAGGAGGAAGUCACGACUUCUUUGUGACCUUAAUACGGUUGUGGACAAUCAGUCAGCAGCUACACAUACAAAGGGAAUGCAAGAUUUGUGAUUUUGAAGUAGUGAAAGAAACAAACGAAGGAUUAAAUAAGCUGAAAUGUGCAUUUGUGUAGAUUGUCUCUUGAGUUUGGUGAUACAGUAAGUGAUGGUUUGAAUCAAAUUUUAGAUCUUCGCAUGAAAAAGAAGAGGAAUGAGUUGUUACAGCCCUCUGUAUAUAUCGUAGCAUGAAGCAUGAUUGCUUUUGCUCGAUCAUUUAAUUUAAGGUUUUCUUUUUCUUUUGAUAGGCAGUGCGGAACAAUGUGGUUUCUCCCCCCAAACCUCCUCGAGCUCAUGACUGGAAAUUGCUGGUAAAGAACAUCCGGGUGACACUGAAUCAGGAGGAUGAUGCUGCAGGUUGGAAACUAUUAAGACCCAUCUUAAUUCUUGUAAAAUGGCUGUAAAUAAUGCUUUAUUUUGCCCCAAAACAGCCUGAGCUUAUGGCUGCACCACAGACAUAAAUCCAUGUAGUUUAUAUCAGAUCAGAGAAAUGCAUGCACAUAGAUGACAGCUAACAAAAAGAUCUCACUUUCAGAUCUCUCUCAGCUUUUGACUUGGAGCUGGAUUGUAACAAAUGAAAUAGUUCCAGUAGUGUUGCACUAUACUGUUAAAAUAGAACCAGUCUAAACUGGGCAGAGCUGAUUACAGACUAAUGAGCAGUUAAGAAGUUCCUAUUCCAUCUGUUAAAUAUGCUGACAAGCAAUGAGGUCCACAGUGACUUUCUUUUGAUUGAGUCUGUCUGAGGUGAUUGUCUCAUCUUAUCUUCUCAGGGCCCAAAGUAUUCUGCAGCACAUUGAAUAUUGAUAAGCAGGGACAUGACAGAGUUAAUCACUUGAUAUUGAUAUUAAACAGGUGAGGCAUGAUGUCAUAGAUUCUAACUGAAAAAAAUGAAAUGAAUCAGCAGAGAAGCGACAGUUCAACAUUUGAACAGCGGUGGACGAAAUACCAAACUUCUUUAUUUGAGUCAAAGUGUAGAUCUUCCCAGUCAAAUGUUUCCCCAAAAAGUACUACUCAAGUAAAGUACAGCACAAAUACUCAAAAAAGUAAUCAAGUCCAGUACUUCAGUAAACCUACUGUAUUACUGUCCACCUCUGCUUUUUUUAUUGAUCUUGUUCAGCAAUGACAUGAUAUGGCAGAGGGUAACACUAGAAAAUGCGGCUGAAUGCACGAUCUUAGCUUUGAUGCAAGAAGUUUUUGUUUUAGAACUGAUGGUAAUACGGUUGUCUAAGUUUCUUUCUAUGAAGGUCAUGAACUGCCAAUCCCAGCGUCUUGGGGCGAAGGCAGGGGACACCCUGGACAAGUUGGCAGUUCAUCACAGGGCUAACAUACUGUAUAGUGACAAACAACCAUUCGCACUCGCAUUGUCACCUACGGGCAAUUUGAAAGUGAUCAAUGAAAGUAACUCCACUUCUGCAUGUUUUUGGGAUGUGGGAAGAAACCGGGGUAGACACAGGGAGAACAUGCAAACUCCACAGAGAAACAUUCUGACCUGGAUUUGAACCCAAGACCUUCUUGCUGUGAGGCGACAGUGCAAACCACUGUACUGCCCCUAUCUAUCUAUCUAUCUAUCUGUCUAUCUGUCUGUCUGUCUGUCUGUCUGUCUGUCUGUCUGUCUGUCUAGAUCAUCAGAACUCAAAAUAACCUAUUUAGUAUUAAAUACAUACGACAUCCUAUUAAGCAGUCAUUCAUUUUCAUUUGAUCUAAAACAAUGAUGGGUAAUAGCUUGAGGAAACAGCAGGAGUGUGUGUGUGUGCGUGCGUGCGUGCGUGUGUGUGCGUGUGUACGUGCGUGCGUGCGUGCGUACGCACGUACGUGGGUUGGUGACAAGAAGGAAGGCAUUUCUGCUCUUGUGGGCUGCAGCCAAAUUGGCAGUUGCUACCUGUCUUUUUCCAGUAACCCAGUAAAGUCUAGGUACAGUGCACCAUGAGACCAUGUUUCCCCUCUGCACCUCCUCUAAAGAAAAGCUGUCAGCUUCAAGAAAACAGUUUAUUACAUAAUUAAUCAUAAAUUGUACGUGAGCUGUUGUCCUCAUGACACAUUGAAGUAAAGCAGUUAAAGUGACUGAGCAUAAGUGAAGCAGUGAAUUAGACUAUUGAUAAAGUUGAAAUUCAUAUUUGGCUCUCUGUUUUCUCCUUUGUUACAGGCAGCAUAAAUCCUCUGUGUACACUGAAGUUGGAUGACCCUCCACAGAAGUUCAACACCUCCAUUUUAAAGAACACAAUCAAUCCUGCCUGGGACCAGCCCUUUAUUUUGUAAGUUUAACCACAGAAAUGUUUGUUUGUUUUUUCAUCAUUGUCCAGGCUAUAACCCAUACGCUCAAUUUUAUUAAAUAUAAAUGCUCUUUUACUUUUCUCUUUCUUCAGUGAAUUGAAUGGACUUUCAAAAGAGCUCAACAUUCAGCUGAUCAAUGAUGGACAACCUGAAGAAAGUAAGGCACUGAUGGCAGCCAUGAACAUAGGUGAAUUUUGCUCAGUGGUCCAGCUGUAGUCAAAUGGUCAUGUCAUACUUUGUGUUACUUCUUGUUUCAGAUUCCUUACUUGGUCAACUGUCAGUGCCUUUUGAUCUUGUAAAAAAGCAGCCCAAAGGACAGCAAACAUUUGCACUCUUGUCCAAAGACACAGUGACUGGAUCACUUACUACUGAGGUAAGACACCUUAAGGCUGAGAUGUAAUCACACAUAUACCCUUUAAAAUGUUUGCUUUUCUUUUUUUUUUUCAUGGAUCUAUCGAUCAGUCUGUUUCUUUAUUUAUAAAGCACCAGUUUAAAACAAGUGUUAUCCAAAGACACUUAACAAAAAGCUGUUCUGGACCAGACUCUGUUUAGAAAGACUCAGUAUAAGGACAGGAUCAGACUGAGCUCUAUUCUGUAAGAUCAGACCCACUCCCAUCUUCAUCUUCAACCGAAUAAGUGAAACACUUUACAGCAUUUAUCAAGUUACAGUGAAGAGGAAGAACUUCCUCUAACAGGCAGAAACCUCCAGCAGAACCAGACUCAUGUUAGACACAUAUCUGCUGAAACUGAGCUGAGUUUAGAGAGAGAUGGACAGAGGAGAGACUGAUAGAGGGAGAAGGACAGCUCAGGGCUUUGUGGGUCAGAGGAAGGAUUUGAAAUUCUGCCCUAAAUUUUAAUGAAGCCAGAGUAGAGAAGCUAUUACAGGGUAGAUGUGCUCUCUUCUCCUGGUUCUGGUCAGUACUUGGGCUGCAGAAUGUUGGACCAGCUGAAGAGAACCGAGUAUCAAAAGCUUCUGGUCAUCCAGGUCUUUAUGUCUUUAAGACAGGCUUCAAGUGAAGUUAAUUUAUUGGUUUCUCCUGGCUUCAAUGUUAGGUAUAACUGCGUGUCACUUGCAUAGCAGUAAAAAUUUAUGGACCUUUUCCUGAUAAUAUUACCCCGAGGAAGCAUAUAUAGGGUGAAAAGGAUUGGUCCUAGUACUGAACCCUGUGGAACCCCAUAACCUUGGUAUGCACUGAAGAAUUUUCAUAACCAUGAACAAACUGAUUACAAUCUGACAAAUCAGAUUUAAACCAAGCUAAAGCAGUUCCUUUAAUACCUAUUUGUUCAAGCCUCGGUAACAGGAUCUGAUGGUCAGUCGUAUCAAAGAAGCAAUAAGAUCUAACAAAACAAGUACUGAGAGAAGAGCACUGUCCACAGUCAUCGGGAGGUCCUUUGUCCCCCUCAGUCAUGCAGUUACAGGGCUAUGGUGGACUCUAUAUCCUGGCUCCCAGCUGAGGAUUGGAGGGAUACAAGGCUGAGUAGAGCUCUGACUGUCUGUUAGCUCAGCCACAGGGCUGGAAAAGUACCUGGAUUAUUUUUAUUUUCCUCUAUUAGGAGAAGUAGUAGGCAGUUCGAGUCAAGUUCGAGUCAGCUUUCCUGUAAUCACUGAGACUAUUUUUCAGAGUAAGUUAGCUGCAGUUGAUUUAGUGGAGUGCCGUAUCCUUUCAGGUUUUCUAGGUGUUUGUUUUAGCUCACAGGUUUCAGCACUGGCCCCCAGUUCUUUGAGUAAACUACACUUAUCACAGUUACCGUGAUCUGUAAAAGAGGACAGGUGUUACUAAACACCUGACACACUGAACAGCAGAAAGCAGGUGACAGAGAGACAGAUGGUGAAGCCAAAGCUAUGAUGAGGAGCUGAGAAGCUAGUUGCUAACAGUUAAAGAGAGAAAAAUCAAAACUAGUAAGAUCAUUGAGGACAGAGGCUGCUCGGUGAAUACAAGACUACUUCAAGUUCUGCAGUGAGAGGAGUUUAGAGGAAAUAAAUGAGCUUAUUAAAAAUGUCAGAGAUAAUAACAGCUAGCAGCUAUAUCACAGAUCACCCAAGAGAGAAGCAGAAAUAAUGCAGUACACCUGACUAGUGGCUCUUACAUAAGGUCUGUUUUAUUGGUCUGUUUCUGAUUAAGUCUUUGCAAAAAAAAAAGUCUCAGGGAUUUUUUAGACACAAAAUUAGAUCAUUGGUUGCAAAAAAUUCUCAUUUUCACUACUUUUUAUCUCUUAGUUUACCUACCUGGAGCCCAGUGAGGUGAGGUCCUGGCACCCUCCGACCCCAGUCUCCAAUAAAAGGGUGGAGAUGGACCGUACAGUCAUGCCAUGUGGCACAGUGGUCACCACCAUCACUGCAGUGAAGAGCAAGCCAGGUCGACCCCUUCCUCCUGGACUCACCAUCGGUAAAGAUUCACUGACUAAUAAACACAGUCAGCGUCCUUUCACCUCGUCAUCAUGUUAUAGUACCCCAGUCCAGGGCUUGGACUUGGGUCUGACCCGAGUCCUGAUUUUUAAGGACUUGUAUCUUGCCUCAGACUUGACCCAUAAUGACCCAGAUUGUACUCGUACACGAGCUUUGACUGUAUUAGGACUCUGAAGAUGAAGAGAUCUGUCCAGGUACAGCAGAAAUGUGAGUGAGAUGCUAACAUUAGAAUGUUUUAACAGCAGAGGCUGAUAUUAUUUUUUAAGGGUGAGUUUUCUUGGCUGAAACCACAAACUGAAAAUGAGGAAACCAAGGCAAUAUUAACCAAGGAAAUUAUUAUGCCAGUUAUUAAGGCAUUGCAAUUGCAUUAAUUUAUAUUAAAUUAAUAUUAAAUUAUUCGGUUGCAAUGUGAGUUGCAACAACAUUAAAGGCACAUCUGGGAAAUGUCGUCUGCUUGGCCUAACGAGGCUCAAUGUACUUGAUCAGUCCACAAAAUCCCACAUCCUUUAUGAUAGAAAACAGCUGAUCAUCUCAGGCAAUGGAGUCCAUCAUUUUUUGUGUGAUGCCCUUUGCCUUGGCACCAUCACUGGAAAAUAUCCACCGCAGACGGAGUGGGUGCGCUCUGAGGAAUUUUCUUUUUCUGUGCCGCAUUCUUCUCAUACUCAGAAUGGAGAUCAGGAUUCUUGGAUUUCAGGUGAUAAAUUAAACCCAACAUGCGACGAUGCGCCUGUUGAAAUUCCAGCAUUACAUGCUAUGCAGAUGGCUAUCCACUGGUCUUUCUCAGAUCUAUUGAAAUAUGUCCAUACCGCAGACAUGUCGACCCUUAUCCACACAAGCGUGAGCAUGCUGCGGUUUUUGCUUGUGUCAUCAUCAAAUCCUUUUUCGGCUGUGUUGUUUCGGCGACAAAAGUCUGUCACCCAAAGACUGAAAAUGUACUUUUGGGCCAUGGUUAGAUGAAUCUCUAACCACGACAAUUUUCUCUUCACCUGCUGACUAUUAAUCAUCUAGUUGACAUGCAUGUAAAGCUGCUGCUCUUCAAGUAUUACCCUGUUUCUUUUUUUUUUUUUUUUUUUUUUUACAGAUGGUAAACAAAGUGAAACAUUUAAAGCCAUUUUUUGGGUUUUUUGUUAUGAAUCCCCUCUUUUAGAUGAUCUGGGUUGAAAUAAUAUUUCUGUCAGUGAUGGGGCAGAAGAGGGAUAGCUGAUGUUGGAGAGACAGCAGAACUGUCUUAUCAGCCUUGCUUAAAGAGUGGUCCCCAGACCACUGGUGGUCCAUGAGCAAACUAUUUCUGCUGGCCAUAAGCCAGAUUACAACUCAGAUGAACGUGGUUUAAAUGGACAACAUGGAUCGGUGGUUUCAGACAGGGUCCAUUAAAAGAAAGGUCCUCACAUGAUGCAAGUUAUUAAGUGACACCUGGUUUAACUGCAGCACUGAUGAUAAGUGCUUCAGGGGCACCAAAUGAUUUAACAGCAAAACUACCAUUCAAGUCCAAAGAGUCCAGUGAGCUUCACCAGCGCAUGCGCUUGGGAAAAAUGCCAAGGCUGCAGAGGCAUCAUACAGGGUGGCACUGUUAAUAGCAAAAACAGGAAAACCACCGAUUGGCCGGUGAGAAUUUGGUUAAACCAGCUGCAAAGGUCAUGGAGAACAUAUUGUUUAAGGUACAAGUAAGCAAUGGUGCUAACAGGGUACCACUAUCUAAUUAAUACCACUGUCACUGUUCAUCAGCGGACAUUAAUUAAAAGUCAGUUGUUCUCACUGUAGCUGGACAAGUCUAACGACAGUGGGAAUGAAGCAAAUUACUGUUUCUGUAAGGUACAUUUAUGCCAGCCAAGUGCAUGAUGAAAUUAAAGUAUUUUUGAUCAUUUCCCCUCUUGACGAACAUCACAAGAGAAGCAACUGUUCACUCGCUCAAUGACUCAGUUGUAAAAAUAAUACUGACUGGUAUCUUGGCUGUCUCACGGAAAAGUCGUCACCCAGCUGUUGGAACUGCACGAUGAUGUGAAGUUAUUUCUGUGUCACGCAGAUGAACUGUAUGGCAGUAUUUCCUGUGGCUCACUAAACUGGCAUACCAGGCCGAUGUCUUAUUUUUCUGUGGUUCCGGUUCAUGUUUUAAAUGUCUAUAAAACACAUGAAGCUGUUUUCAAAAUAACUUUGUAUCUCACAGAUCCUGCUAUAAAAGUGGUGUCCAACAAGCCCAAGCUGACGGGCCGCCGAGUGUCUGAACAGCCGUCUGUUUUGGGGCCAACGGUCAGUAAGGCUCUGUCCUCUUCUGACACUGAGCUGCUGAUGCUCAACGGCACUGACCCUGUAGCUGAGGCUGCCAUCAGACAACUGCACCAGUCUGCCAAACAGAAGCUCAAGUCCCCGGUGAAGAAGAGCACCAUAAUUAUCUCUGGCAUUGCAAAAGUAAGCAGUUAGCUUGAAGGAACGUGUCACUCCUGCACAUUACUGUUUGAUUUUAGUCAAACAUUUUUAUUUUUACCCGGUCUCUCCCGAUAGAAGGUUUAGAAAACAGAAGCUCAGGAUUGGACAGGUUUUUCCCUGUUUCAUGGCAUGAAUUCUACCAACCUUUAAUGACAGAGUAGACGGUAAGCAAAAAGCAAUAAAAAAAAAGAAUCAGAAACCAAAAAACAAACAAACAAAGUGGCAGAAGGUCAGCAUGUAGCCUAAGUGUCAAAUUUGAUAUUCAACUCUGAGUAGAAUUUGGACAGUGAAGUCUUAUUAGUAGAGAGAGUAGCUGCAUUUCUCUGUCUUUUUUCUGGCUUCUUUCUACUUCAUCUACUUUGAAGUAGAUGGUGCUGGGAGAUGAGGGAGCUUAAUAACACUGAUAAUAAUAAUAUAAAUGGAUUCACCAGCAGUGCAGGUUUUAUUUUUCCAGAUGCCAGGACUGUGAGUAGAUCUCAGAGAAAACUGUGUUGGAUACAGAGAAGAAUAAAACUUUUAUUGAAGAAUAUUUUUACAGACUUGUGGUUACAAAUGCAAGUGUAAAUACUUUCUAAGAAACUACUGUCAAAGUUAAAAGCAGAUUUUUCUUUACACCAACCUGACGUCCAAAAUAAUAGUGUUCUUGAUUCUCCAGACACCAUUGUCUCAGGAUGAUGAGCUGGCUCUGAUGGCGGGCUACGCUGCAGCGAUGGAUGCCUCAAUGUCAGAAGGGAGCUCCACUCAGGAUGUGACAACUGCAAUUGCUACGGGAACCAGCAGCCCUCCUGAGGACUCUGAGCCCCAGGAGGGCCCUGGUGGAAUGGGUCGGCCUUCGGACGACUGGGAGAGCCAAACAGGAGAGGAAAUGGACCAUACCUCACUGUCCAUGUGUGUGUCUGAGGCCAGCUGCAAGAAAAGCAGAGGUGAGAGGUCACUACAGGGUUGCUUACCACCGCAGGUUCCUGUGGAUGACAACAUGUUGUUGGUCUGUACUGCAGCCUGUUUUCUUUUCUCUCUGUUUUAACUUUCUCCCUUUGAAAUGUCAUCACUGCCAUCUCAGAUGAAAGCAGGCCUAAGCACACAUUAAGUCCAGAAGAGUAAGUUCCUGAUCAGGUACUUGUAGAAACCUUGUACUGGCUGUGUAGUCUCUGCUAGUUCUCAAUAGAGUAGAUAGUCACAAAUCCUUUCUGGAUUAGUAGAUCAUUUAGCACCUGGAUUUUGAAUCAUCUUCACGUUUCACCUGUUUGGACCAACAAGAAGUAUUGUGAAUAUUUAGAUGCAGUAUGAUGCAGUGCACAUCAGACUGUUUUUGGACUGUAGGCAGGGAUCCUCGCCCAACACAAAUGUUUUACUAAGUCUUUCAAAUGGCGUAAUCAACACAAUGUCUAUUUACAUCCACUCUUUUGACUUUUGUAGCUCUAUGAUUUAGCACUGAGACAUGUGAGCAGGAAAGCAUGACAAGCUAUAACCAUACCCAGUCUCAAAGUGACCUUUUAAGGUUUAGUUAAGUGACGUUUCCACCUGUUUCAAUAAUGAACUUACCCUAGAAUUAACUAACAAAAAACACAGUUACACAGCCAUGUUCUCCACUGUCAGCCUAGAUAUUUAUAACUCUAGUUUACUAACAUGAUGACAAAUUUCCAUCUGCUAUCAUGACAAAGGUCGGAUGUGACUUUUUACACUUUGAAAAAAACUGACAGGAAAUGUUUUGGGGUCCCACCAACAGGUGAUGAAACUAUAGGAAACAUUAGACUCAUAUGCUGAGAAGAAGGAAUGAUGUGACACUAGAUAUUAACAAGAAAACAAAUCAUUUUAGCUUGCUAUAAAAGACCAAAUCUGCUGUGUGAAAUACUCCAAUAUUUCUCCGACAGCAAGUCUGUGUGGUGUCUUUAUAAGCCAGUUGUUCAAUAGAAAUUGUUGAGGUUUCUGGUGUUGGUGUCUUUUAUGUCAUUAGUUUUAUUUUGUGUUUCAGCCACUUUGUAUGCUACUUUUUCACAUUAAUAAAGAAGCAUUUUGUUUGUUGGUCUACAAAAUGACAAGUAAAAAACCCUGAGGUCAGCUCCCCCGACCAGAAAGAGAAAACAGGCUCAAAAUUAACAUGAAAUAAUCACAUGUAUUAAUGUUCCCAAAUUACAAAAAAAAAAGAAACACAAACAGGCAGAUAAAGAACAGAAAGCAAGAGCAAUAACUUUUUAUAUAAGGGUCCUUUAAUAUGGAUUCAUGAUGGUUUAUAAGCCACUUAUAUCAGACUUUAUAAGUAGCUUAUAAACAUUUAUAAAAGUCAAUAAGUCUUAAAAAAAGCACAAUAAACACAUUUAUGACUUCUUAUAAUACACAUAUAGACUCUUAUUAGAAACCUAGCAGUUUAUAUACAGGUCUUUAACAUCAUUAGGAUGUUAAUUAACACUAAUAUGACUUUAUAAGUGUUAGAUUUAUUAACAUAUUUGUUAUAAGCUUGUACUGCACUUGUUGAAUUUAUCUUAUCUUUACACUUAUCUUAUUAUUUUUUUUUUUUUUUUACUAAAAACAGUUUAAUUAUUUCAUUCAAAACAAAUACAGCUGUACUCACAUGUACUCACUGGAGUCUUGUUAACAAUAAAAAAACACAAACUAACUUAAAUUCGAUGUUAUUCAACAUGAAUGAGACCAGAGGUCCAGUUUGUGCUUUUAUGAACACUAAUCAAGGGCAGGACAGGUGAACAAGAGCAUAUUGAUGAAAAGCCACUGCAAAAGUUCUCAGUGAGGGAAACUUUUCACUGUUUAGAAUCAGCAGGAGGAGACUUUUCAUCAGGAAACACUUCUUACACAUAUGCAGGGGAAAAUCAGCAAGGAAAGUAGGAGGGGGCACUUCAUCCAUAACAACGCCACAUUACCACAAAUAGGAAGUUUCUCACACAAGCUCUGAGGAAGUGUUUAGCUGUACUCUGGACCCGAGCUCAUCUGAGAUUGACUGAGCCAAAGUGGAAAAGUCUGCUGUGGUGUGACGAGUCCACAGUUCAAAUAGUUUUUGGAAAUUGUGGACAUGGUGUUGUCUGGACUGAAGAGAAAAAAGGACCAUCCAAACUCUUCUCAGGUCAAAGGUCAAAGCCAGCAUCUGUGAUGGUCUGGGGGUGUGUCAGUGUCCAUGGCUAAUUGUCACAUCUGUGAAGGCUCCAUUAAUGCUGAAAGGUACACACAGGUUUAGGAGCAACAUCUGCUGCCAUCAGAGCCCCGUGUUUUUCAGAUAGGUCGUUGUUUAUUUCAGCAAGACAAUGACAAUACAUAUUCUGCGUGGCUUCAGAGUCAGAGUCAGAGAGUCCAGUUACUAGAGUGGUCUGUUUGCAAUCCAGACCUGUCUCCCAUUAAAACUAUGUGGAGCAUUGUGAAGCCCAGAGACCUCAGACUGUAGAUCAGCUGAAGUGGUCCUUGAGUCAAGACUGUAAAAGAAUUCACAUCCAGAACUUCAGUCGGUGUGCUUGGUUCACAAAGACAUACAGAGUGUUGUUAAAGGAAAAGUGAUGUAACACAGAAAGAAACAUGACCCUGAACCAGUUUUUAGAGACAAGUUACAGCAUCAAAUUCAAAAUGAGGGAAAAUUAACAAAAAAAUAAAACAAUCAAGUUUAUGAACAUUAAAUAUCUUUGAAAUGGAUUCAGUAGAAUUUAGGUGGGAAAAGAUUUAAAAAUUCUUGUGUUCUAUUUUUAUUCUUUUUUUUUUUGCACAACGUCCCAACUUGAGUGGAGCUAGGGUUUGUAGUAACUGAUGUAAAAUAGACAACAUAUUUGCUCCAACAUGUUUUGUCCAUUCCAGAUUAAUUUACCUAAGUUACCAACGAUUUUCCAACUAGCAGAAGGUCAAUGUCAUCUUUGCUUCAGCUUCUUUGACCACACAUGCUCACAUUUGGUAGCUUCAUAUGGCAUAGGACCUUCUUUUUUAAACAAUCACACUAAAUCUUGACUGUAAAUUUGCUUCCCUCUCACAGGCAGCUUCUUACAGAAGAGUGCCAAACUCUUCUUCCGGCGGCGUCACCAACGCAAGGAGCCAGGGAUGAGCCAGUCUCACAACGACCUGGUCUAUCUAGAGUCUCCAGCCGCAGUGGAACGAGCCAGCAGAACAGCCACAAUCAGCCGCAUACUCAGCCGCAAGAGCAAGAAUAAGAGCAAAGCUAACGGCUCUACCUCCUCAGGGGAGCCACAUGUGUGAGACCCUCUCCUAGAGCAGCUACCAUUACCACCUCCAACUCAUACAUGCGUCAGCAAACCUCGUGGCUAACCUGCUCCCCCCACUGCCAGGCCUGCAUACUGCGGCUCCUGCAUUGUGAAUGGGAAGUUGUGCGGAUGGAAAAGUAUCCUCUUUUGUUGCUGUUUCCUUACACUGAAAGGAAGUGCGUGCAUGUGUGGAGGGAGAUCUCUCGUCUUGGAUUAAAGGCAUUUCAGAGGAUACUGCAUAGCAUGUUUCUUUGAUUUGAUUUGAUGUAACAUUUUGAACUUUUUCUUCAUUGCUUUUGUGGCCUUGUUACCAACAGAAGAGCCUGUUGGUGUGGGCUUCAACUCUUUACCUCACUGACUCUGAGUGUGAAGAGUAAACUCUCCCUGCUGUAAACCGUACAUUUCCUUUACGGUGUACCAACAGGACCAAAGAUGAAGACAGAGUGAUGUUUGUAUGAUUUGCACAAUUGUACCUUCAAUUUUAAGUGCAAUGAUAGGAACUACUCUUGUGAAAGAGAUUAAAGAGCAUUCACAAAGGGAUAUGAUCUUUUCAUUGCAAGUGGGAGAUAGUAAUAUGACUACUUUUGUUGACACUAAUACUAUGAAAUGUAGUAUUCAUAUCAUUUCCUUUGAAAUUCUUUUAAUUGUAUGAGACCAGAGCUACAGCUGUAUGUAACAUGUCUAAGAAAGAUAUCAGAACCAGUAACUUCUGAUUGUCAUACAACCCCUGAAGUUACCACCCAUCCUAGGAGAAGAAAAGAAGCAGUGACAGUAUGGCUAAAAAUUCCGCUAUACGUGAUUGUUUUUUGUUUACUUCUCUCUCCAGUGUUUCCAAAAGAUAUGCAAUUUUCUUCUUUGUCUUCCUUCCUAUACUCUGCCAUUAUCAGCAGGGUUGUCAAUGUGUCAAAAGGGAACAGAAAGAACCUUUUUAAUCCAGGGACUUUGACAUUACACUCUGCCAUAUUUGUUGCUUUUAAGCACUAAUGAGAUAUGUUCUGUACACCCAUGUGAACCCUGCAGAUCUUCAGUCUUUUAUUCUAUGUUUUAUUGUUUAAAAAAUGUAGCUUGAAGGCAUGAACAAGAGAAAAUGUGAAGAUAUUUUGGAGCAAACAAAGUUAGGGCUGACUUUUUUUAAUUCCAGCUAAUGAUUGUAUUUUAUUUUUCUAAGCAGCAUGUCUGUACAACAUUUGAACUACUGUUUAUAUAUACAGUAAGAGAGUCGACAGACAGAUUGCCUUACAGUCAUUCUGAAGGUGUCAGAAGCAAUCCCUCUCUUGAAGUGACUUUUGCUUCUUUAGGCUAUUGAAAGACGUCCACUGAGUUCCGGCAACUUCUGCUUUGUCCAUCAUCUAGCAGCCUAUGCACAUAACAUGGAAUUUUCCCUCGGGGAUAAAUGAAGUUCUUAUCUUAACAUAACUGUCAACAUAACUGGGUGUUUACAUUGAGAGACUAUUGGAGAUAAAAACCACUCACUUGCUGGCCAUGUCAACUCUCCUCCUCCAUCAUUGUUUGUUCGAAAAGAAUAUUUCAGUUAGGGAGAGAAGGAUGUCACAGCUCAGCCAGAAUCACCCCAAACUGUUAGAAAGUGAGGGAUUUUUUUUUUUAAUUACUCCCAGCUUCAGACUCCUUACUAUAUUAUGGCAGCCUGCAGGCAUCAGCUACUGGGGUGUAUGUGGUUCAUAAACUGCCUCCUGAUGUUUUUUUUUUUUUUCUUUUCUUUUGAUGGUGGGGUCUGCUCUAUGCACAGAAACUGGCUUUACAUUUGCGGGGGGUUGCAGUCAUUUCCCUGCAGGUAUUGUAACUAAUAUACUUGUCAACAUGUUUCAUUUUCAGCAAUAAAAUAUGACUGAGUAACUCAG